AGACGUUGGGCAGGGGGGAGGGGCCGGCCCAGCCGGCGGUUGUGACUCGAGCGGCGCGGCUGCAGGCCCCCGCCGCAAGGAUGGACCGCCGAGGCGGCGGCCGGGGCGGCGGAGGCGGAGGCGGCCGGCCCGGAUAAGAUGCUCCCAAGUCCCUUGCAGCUCUCUUCAGAAGAAACAUCACUAGUGCUCUGCUCUUGCCGUAAUACCAAACCUUUUUGACUCAUGCUUUGGUGCUGCAACACUGGAAGAAUUGCACACAAUUUCCAGGAAUAUCUUUUUUUCAUUUGAGUGAUUCUUUGUGGAUGAAAAAAGAUUUGAGUCUUAAUAAUGACCUUGUUUUAAAGCUAUUUUCUUUAUAGUCUGAACUGCUUAAUAAAUUGGGCCACUUACCAAUGAGCCAAACAGCCAGUUCUUGUCAGGAACUGGUUGAAAACUGUGCUGUGCAUGUAGCAGGAAUGGCACAAGAAGAUAGCCGUCGUGGUCAAGUGCCAUCUUCCUUUUAUCAUGGUGCCAACCAAGAACUUGACCUGUCCACCAAAGUGUACAAAAGGGAGUCAGGAAGUCCUUAUUCUGUGUUAGUGGACACCAAGAUGAGCAAGCCACAUCUCCAUGAAACAGAAGAACAGCCGUAUUUCAGGGAGACAAGAGCAGUGUCUGACGUGCAUGCUGUUAAGGAAGACCGGGAGAAUUCUGACGACACAGAAGAGGAAGAGGAAGAAGUCUCUUACAAAAGGGAGCAGAUCAUAGUGGAGGUAAACCUUAAUAAUCAAACAUUAAAUGUGUCUAAAGGGGAAAAGGGUGUCUCUUCUCAGUCCAAAGAGACUCCUGUUCUUAAGACAAGCAGUGAGGAGGAAGAGGAAGAGAGUGAGGAAGAGGCCACAGAUGACAGCAAUGACUAUGGAGAGAAUGAAAAGCAGAAGAAAAAGGAGAAGAUAGUAGAGAAAGUCAGCGUUACACAAAGGAGAACCAGGAGAGCUGCCUCUGUUGCCGCAGCUGCCACUUCCCCUACUCCCAGAACUACAAGAGGUCGUAGGAAGAGUGUAGAGCCACCUAAGCGUAAGAAGCGGGCCACAAAGGAGCCCAAAGCACCAGUCCAGAAAGCUAAGUGUGAAGAGAAAGAGACUCUGACCUGUGAGAAGUGCCCCAGGGUAUUUAACACUCGCUGGUACCUGGAGAAGCACAUGAACGUUACUCAUAGGCGCAUGCAGAUUUGUGAUAAAUGUGGCAAGAAGUUUGUCCUGGAAAGUGAGCUGUCCCUUCACCAGCAAACAGACUGUGAAAAAAACAUUCAGUGUGUUUCCUGUAACAAAUCGUUCAAGAAACUCUGGUCCCUUCAUGAGCAUAUCAAGAUCGUCCAUGGAUAUGCAGAAAAGAAAUUUUCCUGUGAAAUUUGUGAGAAGAAAUUCUAUACCAUGGCUCAUGUGCGGAAACACAUGGUUGGAGAGAAACCCUUUAUCUGUGAAAUCUGUGGCAAAAGCUUCACCAGCCGCCCCAACAUGAAGAGACACCGCAGAACUCACACAGGCGAGAAGCCCUAUCCAUGUGAUGUGUGUGGCCAGCGGUUCCGCUUCUCGAAUAUGCUUAAGGCCCACAAGGAGAAGUGCUUUCGGGUGACCAGCCCCGUGAAUGUGCCACCUGCUGUCCAGAUCCCACUUACAACUUCCCCAGCCACCCCAGUUCCUUCUGUGGUGAACACACCCACAACCCCAACCCCUCCAAUCAAUAUGAAUCCUGUAAGCACUCUUCCCCCUCGGCCCAUCCCCCACCCCUUCUCACACCUGCACAUCCACCCACACCCUCACCACCCGCACCACCUUCCCAUCCCUCCAGUCCCUCACCUCCCCCCACCUCCAGCUCUCUUUAAGAGUGAGCCUUUAAAUCAUAGAGGCCAGGGUGAUGACAACUUUCUGCGGCACCUGGCAGAGAAGAACAGUUCAGCACAGCAUCAUUAACAUCCGUCUCCUUAGUGUGUUCUCCAGGAGACAUGUCCCCAUGUGUGAGCAUGCACAGAGGGAGUCAGUGCGCAUUUCCUUAGUUCUCAGACUCUCCUCCGCCUCUACCAAGAGCUUCGCCAGUGUCACUGAAUCAACAGAUCCAAGGGAAUGAACAAGAAGACUACCUUGAGCUCACAGAGGGACUGUCAUCUAAACCAAGGGAACCACUGAACUAAAGCCCAAUUUGCUUGCAUUUUCUGAUGACUUUUAUAAGUUUCAAAUACUCAGACUUGUGGAAUUUUAUAAUUUCAUAUCAGCUGAUGAGGUAUGCUUGCUUUUAUAUCCCGGACUUCUCCUCAAAGAGGGGAUAGGCCUGGUUUCCUUUGUACUAAUCGGGAAGGCUGUGAGAUUAAUCCAGAGCAUUAAUUGUAUCACUGUGUAUGGUAAGGAAUUCUUUUCAGCUUUUGGUGCCAGCUACAGAGUUGAGCUGGCCAUGAUUCACAGUAUAUCAAGCAUUAUAGAGAAAGACAAAUUUUCUUCGUGUAGCUCUCCUAACGCACUCUUUAUUUUACUACAGAAAUUAUUUUAGAGUUUUUGUAUAGACUUCUUUAGUAGUCUGUUUCUAAAAUGAAAUGUAUUUCAAUAAGCGGUGUAAUUUUUUCAGUGUAGCUGAACCUAUGUUGUAAAAUAGAAAAAAAAUUUUAUAAUCAUCAAAAUGUGAUUCUUAAAGAUGCAUAUAACUUCUAUAAUUCAAAGUUAUUCUUACAUCCGUACAACUCAAAAGGUGCUUCAGAGACUCGAUGUAUCUGAGAGGGUCUCCACACCAGGUUACUGCAAAAACGAGGCUUUGCUUUCAGGAUUUGGCAUAAAUACUUGGUAGUUUUGACAUCUCUGCGUAACACUCAGAGAGGCUCCCUAAUGUGCUCCUGUCCUCCGUGUUCUACUUGGCUUCGUUAGUGCAUUACAUGAAAUGAUUUGCAGGGGAUGGGGCCUUUUCCAGGGAAGUCACCUAAAGCUUCCAUGUUUUGAACAUUUGAAUAAGGCUGUUUGCUGACAGGAGGAGGAAGUAGUGGAGAUCAUUUAAUCUCAGUCACGUCUGUUUCUCACUUCCCUUAGGAACUGUGUUCAUGUUUAGCUUUUAUGGAAUGACAAGUUGAAAUCUCUCAUUUUGAGGUUACCUUAUUUUUCUAGAAUUGUUAUAAGAAGCUAAAAUAGUAAACUUAAAAUCAUAAACAUGAUGUUGCUGAUAGUGGCUGAGAAAUUCAGAUGAGAAGGCAAAUUGGUUAUGAAUUUUGAAAUAUCGAUUAUAUGUGAAAUAUGGAUAUGUUCAUAACCUUGAGCUAUUUUAACACAGUAAAUAGUAGUGAGGGAAAACUCCUAAGUUUUACUGCCCUGUCCUCUGCAAAUUAUGUAAUACCAGUAUUCUUAGGUGAUAAAGAGAGCAGCACCUCUAAUACCUUUAGGCAGAUUACUUUUUCAAGUUUGGGGAACUUCAAAAGAAUGUAAUCAACCAGGAGCUUAUUAUAGGAAAGGCUGAACAGAAGGGCUAGUGUAUUGAUUACACUUAACUGAUCAAAUUUAUCCAGACUCAUUAUAAUUUAAAAUUUUGUAUUUCUUUAUCUCAGAUAACUGAGUUCCCAGGCUAAAUCACUUACCUCCCACCCCCUCUCCAAUUUUUUUUUUUUUUUUUAAGACAAAGUCUUGCUAUGUUGCCCAGGCUAGAGUGCAGUGGCUAUUUACAGGUGCAACUAUAGCACACUACAGCCUCCAACUCUUGGGCUCAAGCAAUCCUGCCUCAGCUAACCAAGUAGCUGGGACUACUGGCACACACUACCAUGCCCAGUCCAUUUUUAAAUCUUGAAAUUUCUUCAUUUUUCUUUCUUCAGGUUCUUAAAAUCAUUGCCUGAAUCAGAAUGCUGGCUUUUUUUUUAUUUUCAAUGUUAAAUGUGCAGAUAUGCUUUGAGCACUUUCCUAGCUAAUGAGCUCUGUGGUAGGAAAAAAUAGAACUCUUUCAACUGAGAUUAAGUCUGUAUUUUUUAAACAUCGCACUCUCUAUUAGCUUUUUGGUUUAAUGUUUCUAAAUUUUCUCCUUCUGAUUUUGCCUGUCUUGUAUAAUGAGCAUAGGAAACUUUUGGAAUGAGGCAGAAAAGUAUCUCAAGAUAUACUUUUCUUCCUGGUUUUGGAUGUAAGUUUUAAAAAUGGUAUUUUUAAUAUUUGUACACAUUCUUUGAGCACCCAGGUAUCCAAGCCAAUGAGGAAAGUUAAUUCCUUGCAUUUGACGGUUAUAUCUUUAGUGGUUGUCUCCCCUCCCUCCACAGUCUCCUUGGCAUUCCAUGACAAGUUUGUCAACCUACACUUUUAUAUAGACAUAUCAUUAUUUCAUGGUCAAGCCUGUAGUAUUAAAAUGAUUUUUUUUAAAGAUGUAAAUUGUGCUUAAUUGGUUAUAUUGUGUGUUUUUUUUUUUUUUUGAGGCAGAGUCUUGCUCUCUUGCCCGGGCUGGAGUGCAGUGAUGCGAUCUUGGCUCACUGCAACCCCCGCCUCCCGGGUUCAAGUGAUUCUCCUGCCUCAGCCUCCCGAGUAGCUGGGAUUACAGGCAUGUGCCACCAUGCCCGGCUCAGUUUUGUAUUUUUAGUAGAGACGGGGUUUCACCAUAUUGGCCAGGCUGGUCUUGAAUGCCUGACCUUGUGAUCCGCCCACCUCAACCUCCCAAAGUGCUGGGAUUACAGGCGUGAGCCACCAUGCCCGACCGCCUUAUUUUGUUCUAAAUAAAUUUACAGUAUUGGGCAGCAAUUCUGAAUUCUAGACUUGAGACUACAGAAUCAACCAUUUCAUGAGGUUGUACUAUAACUAUACACUGGAAUAUUCAGGUAGUCAUCUUUGAUUUUUCAUUCAAGUAAAUAUAGCCAUAAGAAAAUAUCUGCUAUACAGGAAAACCAGUAUUAAGCAAAUAAUCACCACCAUCCUUAACAGAAGAAAAAAAAAAAAAAAAAAGAUUAUUUUGAAAAAUUAGCAUUGUCAUAUAGUACAAUUCUUAGUGAAAUAUAUUGUGGAACAAUUUAGAAACUUCCUUUUUUUCCCCUAGAUUAAGGAUACUUUCCUUGACUUGAGAUUUGUGGUCUUCAGGAAAACUGCUCCGAAUAUAAUGACUCCUCAUCAGUAUCAUAUUGCAUAUGAAUAAUGAAAUGCAUUAAGAAUAUUCACAACAUUAAUGCUUCUGAAUAUAAGAACUGCAGGAUUAAGCCUUAAACAUAUAUGUGCAACACGUUUAACAUACUUAAGACUCAAACUCAGGGUUGAAAAUUUGGUUGGGGUCCUCUUUGUAAGAUAAAAGUUGCAUUAUGUGGUAUGUUCUCUUCCAUAUAUGCUACAGCACCCCAUGAAUUCUUCAAGACUUUUUAUCUACUUGUUAUCUGUUUAUGAAAAAAAUAAUUAUGGAGAAGUUUGAGUUCUCAGCCCUUAUCUGUGCAUGUCUGUUAAAGACAACAAAGGCCGCAUUUAAGCAUUAUGUAGAUAACAAAUUGAGGCUGUCUCUCAUUACUUAGUUUUACUGUCUUCAAAGGCUUGUAUCAUUGCUGGGGUCAAGACUUAUUUGAGGAUGAGUUGGCAUUGUAUUUUGUGUGUGUGGGUUGGUUGGUUUGUGUGUGUUUCAUUUUUAUUUUUCUGCUUUCUCUCAUAAGAUUUAUCAGUAAAAUAUAAACUCUUCCUUAGCCUUAAUAAAGGCUGCUGCUUUCUCAAAUUGAGUCAGGUAGGCUCAUUCUGAGUUAGAUUUUUAAAUCUGAAUGAAGAAAAGACAACAAUUUAAAGACAUGUGGCUUCAUUUCCACAUGUAUUUGUGACUGGAUUCUUCUUUUUAGCAAGCAGGGGAGAUCUCCACAAAAAAACUUUACUGCAGUUCAAAGAAGCCUGUGCAAAUCAGUUACCUGUACUUUCAUAGUCUACCAUUUAUAUUAACUGUUCUAGAUUAAUGACUGAGCGUGGACAUUACCAUAAUUAUACCAUUUUUUUAAAACCACAUUGGUUCGAAGUAUCCUUUUCUAGUGGUUAGAACUUUCCCUGUAAUUUGAUUAUCCCUCAUAUACUAACCGAAAGCAAAAUGCUCUGAUGAGAUGCUUAUAAACUAUGGAUUUUUUAAUUCUUGAAAUUUUUUUUCAGUUUUUAUGUUUGUUGAAUAGAUAUGUAUGUUUAGUUUCAUUAUUAUUUCACUGGAAGUUUUAAAUUUUGAGAAGAUGAAGCAGAAAUAGAAAUCCAUUGCAGAUAUAUGUAUAUUUACACCAUCUUGCAGAUUUCGGUUAGUAAAACACACAAUGAUAGGUCAGUUUUAAUGUUUAAAAAAAAAAGAAGAAAACUAAAGUUAGAGAAACCUUUCUGUUUGAGCUACUGUAUAGAAAAGACAACUUUUAUUGCAUUGCUGGUCCACGUGAUAAAUAUUUAAAUGCUGUUCUAGACUGUAUGAGAAGUAUUUAAUGAAAAAAGGGAUACAUUACAUUUAAGAAUUGUAUCAGCUAAUUACUGUUUUUAAAAAAUCAACUCAUUUGGAAUUCUUCAGACUAUAAAAUUGAGCAAGUAAAGUUUGGGUUUUAAUUUUCCUUUGCCUGAACCAAGAUAGGAAAUUUCUCAAAAGAAUUUUUUUUUUUUUUUUUUAAGGAAUGAAAGGUCAUAAGCCAUUAGAAAUAGUGGCAUUAUUAUGCAAUAACAACACCCUAGCUAACCUGCUUUUGUCAUCUGUAGCACUUACAAUAAAGAAUGAUGACCUUCCAACCCUGGACACUACCUCGAUAAAGCAAACCAGAGAUCCUCUCUACACUUUCUAUGGAAGCCAUAAAAGUUGCCAUCAAUAUAUCCACUUUCAUAGUUCUAUACUUUUAUACUUUCUAGACUUUUUUAUAGAUUUUAUGAUCACAUCUUUUUGUCUUAGAGGAUAGGUUUUGCAAGAUUCAAAGGAAAAUCAAACUCCUUGGUCGUUCCAGCUUUGAAGCUUUUGCUUCAGUAAAUUUGUUUAAAGAACCAGAUCACAUACCAUUUAUGAAAUUCUUUAUUUAAGUCAGAACUACUUUGCAGACAUGCAUAUUUGGAAAACAAACUCUUUCUUGUUCUCUAGAUAGAAUCUGUAUUGUUGUAAGAAACUACUUACAAGGUGGCUUUCUUUCUGCUUUGUUACUCUAUGUAUUACUCAAUAAUAUAUGUAUGGUCACAUGUUCCUGGAGUUGUUUUGUUUCUUUAUGACAGAUACAUGAGUAUGCACCUCUCUCUAAUCCUCUGAUGUCACUGCAGCUUCAGUCUCUCUCACUCUGUUUUUGAGUGCCUUCAAAAUGCCAGCAUCCUGGAACAUUCUUUUCCUGAUCUAAAUCCUACCUCUGACUAUUUCAUUAUCCAUGAAUAUUGGAAUUCACCCAUAUUCCAGUGGGCUUAACUCUACAAACUAGCUAAAACCUUGGACAAGAAUUUUGACUGAAUUUCUGUUUUGUUCCUCCAUGUCAUUUUUAGGUUACAUGUUUAACUUUUAUUUAUAUCUUAUUCACAUAUUACAUCUCCCUGUUGAAAGAUUUUAUCCUUAUUUGACUCUUCACCUUCUUUACUUUCACCAGAAAUUCGACGUUCCUUUAAAAUUAAAGGUCAUUGAAUAUGUCUUUUGAACACCUUUUUCUCAACUGAAGUCUUCCUGAAUGCCUCCCCUUUCUGAUGAAGGGAUCCUGAGUGCUGCUGUUGCUCUGCCCUGCUCCCAUGUGCCCACUCUUUUCCAUACACAUUUUGCGAGACUAUACUCUUUUAGUCAAAUGUAUUUAAAAUUGCUCUCUGGGUUUCUGCUUUCUCAUGGCCCUGUCCCUCAGAAACUUCUGUUUAUUUUUUCUAGCUGUUUUCAUCUAAUUGGUUUAAAACGUAUGAUGGAGCCAUAAUAUAUGAAGGAUGUAAUGAAAAGGAGGUUGCAGUGUUUUCCAUGUAAUAUGAUCGAGCACCUCCGUGAUCAAACAUUUAGCAAUUGACUAGUCCGUCACAGCCAGAGCGGAAGUUUGUGCUGUGUACAGUUCUUUUUACUCCCUUCCAGUUCUCCUCCAAAACUGGAGAAAAAGAAAAAAAAAUGAACUCUUUCAAAUGAGAUUUGAUUGCAUUUUUUAGGUGAAUGAAAGCUUGGAGUUGAGUGUUUGGGCCUUAGCAUUUUUCCUUUCUAACUUAAAAUCUCAUGUCCUUUUCCUUAAAGUUAAUAGUACUCAGGUUUUUAAGACUAACUGAUAACCACACGAGGUGGGUGUCUAAGAAGGCAGCUGUUAAUACAUUCUCCAUCUUUCCUGUCUGGCAACAGACACUAUAUUAUUGGUGAGAUAGUGCAAAAUUGUGAGAAUUGGUUAUGUUUGAUGAUGAAUAAAUUCAAGAUUUUUGAAGGCUUCACUGCUAUUUGGGAUGGGAAGAUGAGUUUACAAAAUGAAAAAGGUUUUAUGUUACAGAAAUCAGUAACAAGGAUUUUUUAUUGUGUUAAAUACCUUUCACUUCAUUUGCCGUGAUGUUUCUUCCUCAUUAUUGAUCUAGAAGUUUGCCUCUUGGAUAGUAACUAGCUACUUACAGUAUCUACUUUAAAAUUUGUGGCUUUUCUCUUCAGAGUCCCAGGCCAUAAAACAAUGGAGACCUGUACUUGCUUGUCAUUUGGAGGAACCAUGUCUUUGAGACAGCCUGCUGUCUUGUAUGUCUUCAGUAGGAAACUUCUGAUACACGCAUCCAAGGGAAUUCCUGCCCCUGAGCGUGUUCCCAUAGCUUUCCAAGUCGCAGGUUACUUUCACACUACGUCAGCUUCUCUGGUGAGAUCAGGGAUGUUACAUAUUACUUGAAAAUGAUUUCAUAGGAAGUGAGGAUGGGCCAAGAAAGGGGGUGGAAGCUGAAUUUUGCUUAACUUCAGAAGGAAAUCUGAUACUUGCCUUGGCUAGUUCUGAUCAACUGAAGAGCCUGUGUCUGUACUGGAUGUGCCAGAGAAUCACGUUGUUUCUGGAAUAUCCAGCUCCUCUGAAUGAACACAGCUUCCUCCCUACCUGUCUUUUACAGGUGAAAAGGGACCGUCUGAUGAGCAUGAUAGACUUUAACUCACAUCCUGUACAGGACUCAAGACUGUUUCAUUGCAUUUGAAAGUUGGUGGGAAGUAUUUUAUUCUGCUAGAACUUCUAACCCUCCUAGAAAUAUCUUUUCAUGCUCUAUUAAUUCAUUAGGUUAAAAAGAAACAGUGUGACAUAAUUUUUGUGUUUACUUCUUAAGUUGUCUCCCCAAGGGCAUAUAUGUAGCCUCUGAAAAUAGGAUGAUUUCUUCUCAAUCUUCCAUAAAUUUGAAUAUGUAUUUUAUUCAUUUCUUGACAUGGGCUGUGACUGUUUUCCAUCAGCAGUUCUGGCUUUGUCCACAAGGGAGCAAUAAAGUACUUUAGCUUUAUUCUCAACCUGCUAAAGAAAGAUUCCACUUUUAAAUCUCUUCUGGAAUAGCCUCUUGGCUCGAAGCUUAUUCAUAUAUUUUGAUUAUUUAAGAAGUGUUCCCUUAUUACAAAGUCCAGUCGUCGUUCAUCCCUCAUGAUGCAAGCAAUGAUUGACGUGUGGGUCUGGAGUCCUUGUGGGUCAGGCAUCUUAGUUAAUUCGACUUUUUACAUGUUGAUGACCUCCAGAUUGAAAGCCAGGACCUUCCCAUGGGGGCGCCUUUGUGUGCUGAAGGCAGAGCAGGCAGGCUUCCCCGCUCCUAUCUCCUUCACAGGCCACCACCAUCACAUCUAUAGAAGGAGGAACAAGAGCACUGGGAGAACUCUGGAGUAUGAGUAAGGAAAUGCUUCUCACCUUCUCUGCUCCAAAGGGAUAUCUGUUACAUCAGGGAACAAGUCCUCUAGGUCAGACCCUUCUUCCUGACCAGUGCAACAGGCACUCCAGGUUAGAAACUGUGCGCUCCCCCUCUGUCAGUUACUUUGUCUAAGGGCUUCUAACCAUGAUCGUCAGCUCUCUGACCAUGAGUUCUGUUGGUGCUUAUUGCAGCAGCAUCUUCACAACAAACAGGUCAGUAAUCAACCUGGGAAGGGAAAAGACCAGACAGUAAAUAUUACCCCAGUAGAGCUGGGAGGCAUUUACACCUGGAAUGGCCUUCUUAACUGAUUUCUGCCUGGUCCCCUCACCCCCAGCCAAGUCUGAACCUAAGCAAUAUCAGGCACAGAGGGUGGUGUCUACUUGUAACUCCAACACUUGACAAAAAACAAAACUGAAGCUGUGAUUGGUUUAGGCAGCAAGUGGCCAGGUGCAACUUGUUUGUUUUUAUUUUUGUUUUCCCCAACAGUACUGAGAUCACUUGCACUUUUCCUCAUUUCUUAAGAAAAGAAAAUCCAGUUUGCUUGCCAUGACUUGUUUAGCGUUAGGUUUACAAAGCUUGUUGUUGAAUGUUGAAUAUUUGUCCAAAGGAGUUUGACAAAAUAGAAGCUGCUUGGUCCCUGUUCUGCCUGCUAGGUCAUAAGGAUGAAGGCCAUGUGGCUGGGGUACUUAUGUCAAGUCCAGAAUGGGGCAGUGUCCCUCUCCUACCUCUGCGGAGAUGCAAUUGAAGGUCAAGUAGACUCAGUGUAGGGCAGGCAGCUGUCAUGCUGCAAAGAAGUUUAGAGGAGUCUUUGGGUUGGGGAGGUGACAGGUAGGUAGGACAGGACCUCUUAAGAUGGGAAAGAUACUGGGGAGAGGAGGGCUGCUUGGCCCCAGGGAACUGCAGUGAGGUGGAACUGAGCUCCGCUCCUGAAUCUCCAAACGAGCCCAUGCUGCCCAGCUUCCCUGAGUCGUUUUUUCCAGCAUCCUGUCAGAUCCCUCAGUGUACUGAUUUCCCCCUCGUGUUAACUAUAUCAAUAUUAUUUUUUUAGCAAUUGAAAUGCACUUUUUUAUUUCAACUCAAUCAUGAUUUUAAGUAUAAAAAAUUUAUAGAUUGUUAAAAACUACUUUUUUGUGUAUUUUUAACCACUCAAUGUAGCAUUGUAUAUUUUUUUCUUGUGAGACUCUGGUACAGGUGUGCCGCCUAAUGAAUUUUCUGAGAUGCUGGGCCUUUGGAUGUGUACGGUAACCAACUUAAUGCUAAUGUUCAAAGUAAAAAAAAAAAAAAAAGCAGCCAUA